UACUGCUACGUGUCUCUGAGGGGCGGUGCUGCAGCCGGGGCUGCCUGACGGGCUCAGUGGGGUCUCUGUGCCGGGAGGAUGAGCUGGUUCAACACCUCGCACCUCUCCAGCUUCGCUAAGCAGGCUUUCUCCCAGGCCCAGAAGUCUAUAGACCGAGUACUGGAUAUUAAGGAGGAUGAGACCGCCUGGGCCGACUCCAUCAUUUCUCCCUUCGAGGAAGACCAAGUUUCCUCAAUUAAUGGGAGCUGGGAAAACUCCAACUGGGGAGGACAAUCAGAAGAACCUCCAACACAAGUUGUGUUAUCUCCAACAGCAAUUACCAAGCCCGUUACACGGACUGUCGUGGAUGAAUCAGAGAAUUUCUUCAGUGCCUUUCUCCCUACCCCAGCGUCGAACACCGUCUCUGAUAGUUCUGUGGUGUCCAAGCCUCCCGUCAAAUCUCCGAGACUUGAAGAGGAAGAAAACUAUACCUCGUCCAAAUCCACAGUCGAGGUGAAACAAGAAGAUGAAAUUGGUCUUAAGCUGUUAAAAAAAAAUGCCUGUCAAAGCCAAAGAGCAGAUUUGGAAACACCAGACAUGUCUUCAAAGAAACCAGCGACUGACCAUUCAGAUGUUUCCUUGGAGUUAAAAUGUGAGUCUAAAAAAGAGGAGCAAGAUUCUUCUGAUGUUACAACAGAUCAGGGAGUUCCAGAGAGCAGACCCAAUGCAGGUCCUUCUCCGGCUGUUACUUCUGAAACUAAAGACGUUACACUGGAUAAUAAAGAACAGAAGUCUGAAGACCGUCAGAGUAACACCCCGUCUCCCCCAAUAAGCACUUUCUCCUCUGGGACAUCCACCACCAGUGAUAUUGAGGUAUUAGACCACGAUAGUGUGAUGAGCGAGAGCUCCGUUAGUUCAAGGCAAGAAGCAGCUGAUUCCAAAGCAAACCUCCAUUUAAUGCAGACAUCUUUCCAGCUUCUCUCGGCCUCUGCGGAAUACAGCCGCAUGGAAGAAUUUCCGAAGCUUACCGAGAGCUGCUCGUCCUCCGAUGCUUUUGAACGGAUAGAUUCUUUUAGCGUUCAGUCCAUGGACAGCCGCAGUGUUAGUGAACUGAAUUCCGAUGAUGAGCUCCCCGGGAGAGGAUGCACCCUGGUUUCCAUUGCGGUCAGCUCUUCCUCUCCAAAUAUGGAUGCCCCCGGGUCGGUUGAGAGCAAACCAGAGGAAGACUUAAAUGAGACGCUAAUGGUGCACUCCAGUGAGGAUACAGAAAUGGAGGAAAGUGGGAGGAGCGCAACUCCUGUAAAUUCAGAGCAGCCUGAUCUAUUGGCCCAUGAAGCUGAUGAUGUCAGCCAUGCGGUUGAAGUGGAAAUGCCUGAAGCUGAAACUGCACCAGAGGCUAAAUUCUCACCUGAGGACUUGCAAAAGAUAAUUGAUGAACUUACUGGCAGACUGGAGAAGAGGGAGACCCAACUGCUGUCUGUGAGCAAGGAAAAGGCCUUUCUAGAAGAAGCUUAUGAUAACCUUAAUGAUGAAAUGGUGAGGGCGAAGGAGGAAUGUAACAGCGUCUCUCUGCUGAAAGAUGAGUUUACCAAUCGAAUAGCAGAAGCCGAGAAGAGAGCUCAGCUAGCGUGCAAAGAGCGAGACAUUGCCAAAAAGGAAGCAAAAGUGAUGAAGGAGGAACUGGCAACAAGAAUGAAUUCCAGUGAAACUGCUGAAAUCAUGAAAGAGAAGGACGAACAGAUUACAGGUUUAAUGGAGGAAGGUGAAAAGCUCUCCAAACAGCAGCUGCACAACUCCAACAUUAUCAAGAAAUUACGGGCAAAAGAAAAAGAGAAUAACCAUACCAUAUCCAAGCAAGCAAAUAAGAUCCGGGAGGCGGAGGAGGAACUGCAGCUUUUAAAGCAGACAUUAGAUGGAAAGGAAGAGGUGGAAAAACAGCACAGAGAGAAUAUCCGAAAGCUGAACUCCAUGGUGGAGAGGCAGGAGAAGGAUCUGGGGAGGCAGCAGGCUGAUCUGGAUGAACUAAACGAAAAGAACCGCAGUUUACAAGCUGCUUUGGACAACUCCUACAGAGAACUUGCGGAGUUGCACAAAGCUAAUGCAACAAAAGCCAGUGAGGCCCAAGAAGUGGCGCUAAGUUGUGAACUACGAGCCAAAGAAGAGCUCUGUUUUGCACUGGAGAGAGCUAAGGAGGAGUCUCAGAAGCAGCAAGAAGCUUUGGCUAUCCAGGUAACAGAUCUGAGGCUGGCCCUGCAGCGAGCGGAACAACAAUCUGCCAGAAAAGAAGAUUAUCUGAGACAAGAAAUUGCUGAGUUGCAACAGAGAUUGCAGGAGGGGGAGACACGGAAUCAGGAGCUGAGCCAAAGUGUAACAUCUGCUACAAGGCCAUUACUCCGGCAGAUUGAAAACCUGCAAGCAUCCUUAGCAGCACAGACCUCAUCCUGGGAGAAACUGGAGAAAAAUCUUUCGGACAGACUCACUGAAUCACAAACGUUGUUGGCCUCAGCAGUGGAGAAAGAACGUGCCUCCACGGAAGAGCUGCUAGCCUUCAAGACUCAGAUAUCCGCUAUAGAAUCUCAGAACAGCCUGCUGAGGCAGGAGAAGAGCAGACUCCAAGCACAGCUCGAAGUGGAGAAGAAUCGAUUAUUGAAGUUGGAAGAAGAUCACAGCAGGAAUCAGGUGGAGCUUGAAACUAUAAAGAUGGAAUUCAUGAAAGCAAUGCAAGAAGCAAAGAAAGAAAAGAGUCAUCUCUCUAGUCAACUGGAAAUGGAGAAGCUGAGAGUGGAACAGGAAAAGAAAAAGGCCCUGCUGGCACAGGAAGCUGCUAAAGAGAAGGAACGCAAAGCCUACGUGUUUCCCUCAGUGGAAGCCACUGCCACGACUCCAACUCUAUCUCGCUCCAGUUCUAUUAGUGGAACAGACGUGUCAGGCUUACAGACGUCCAUCAUUUCCCAGGAUGAUCCCCACGAUCAUUCGUACGGUUCAAUGACGGCUUCCCUGACUGGAAGCAAUCUCUAUGAAGCCGUCCGAUUGGGCGCUGGUUCCAGUGUCAUCGAAAACUUGCAGUCUCAGCUAAAACUCCGAGAUGGGGAAAUCGCUCAGCUGCAGGUCGAAAUUGUGAACCUGGAAAAAACCCGCUCGCUGCUGGCCGAGGAAGUGGUUAAAAUGAACAACCUGAAUGAUGAUCUUGAGGAGAAAGUGAAGGAAAUACCAAAAUUACGGACGCAGAUGAGGGAUCUGGACCAGCGGUACAACACCAUUCUGCAGAUGUACGGAGAGAAGGCUGAGGAGGCAGAGGAACUGAGACUCGAUCUGGAAGAUGUAAAAAACAUGUACAAGAUGCAAAUAGACGAACUAUUGCAGCAGAGACUCCAUUAGCUCCUAACGAGGCUGCUAAGCCCCACCCCCCCAAAGCUGAAUCGUAUGAUGAGAACUGUAACUGAAACCUUCUUUGUUUAAUAUGUAAAUGUAGAGCUCUCUUGUAUAAAAUAUAGUGUAUAAUAGAUCCUUCUUUUAUUUACUGCUCCCUAGGACUGAAAAGAAAUCACAUUUACUGUAUCUACGUCUAGCCAUUCUCUGUGAUUAAAUUAUUUGUUAUA